ACCUCAGAGCAACAGGUUGGGUUCUACAAUAAGUUCAUCAGGCACACCCUACGGCAAGAGUACCACCACUCACGUGACUUGUAUCUACGGCAACGCUACCACUGUCUACUACCACUAAUAUUACAGGAACUCUACCACCGUCUACUUCUACUUCUACAGGAACUCUACCAAACCGUCUACUGCUACUUCUACAGCAACGCUACCACCGCAUAUCACGGUCGCAAUGCAAAAAUCUGUUACUCUCCUGGCAAUGGCCCAUAAGCGAAGCUGGACUCCAAUGACAGACAAAAGCAACAAUACAGAAGGUGUGACAACAGUGAACGAUAAGCUGGCGGUUGGCACUACAAACCUUGGAGUCUUAAAUCGAGGACUGGUGACUGGUGACGAAGAUCCUGGUGAUGGAGGAGGAGAAGAAGAAGGAAGAGGUCGUUCAGGAGAGGACAGUGAAGGAGUAGCACUAGAAGAUACUGUAAAAACAACACUAGUCAGUAUUAUAGCCACACCACCUGAAUAUUCUGUGGCUACGAGUAAUUAUGAUGAAGACCCUGAAGAGAAAGAUACAGAGUGUUGGGGACAGCGUCACACCCUGGCACUUUUAGGCUUCCUCAGCAAUGCUAUAUCCUACUCCCAUCGAACAGUGAUAUCUAUAGCUAUCGUGGCUAUGGCUGGCAGGAAGGGCACCAGCGAGGUCAACCAUACGAUUACGGCUCGUCCUGACACCUGUCCACUACCAGCGGGAUGGAACGAAACACACAUAACGCAAAUUGAAGGCGAGUUUGACUGGGACGAGCAGACACAAGGAAUGAUGAUAGGCUACUUCUUCUGGGGCUACGCCACCUCCAACGUGCUGGGAGGGCGACUUGCGGAGGUCCUUGGUGGUCGCUUAGUACUCGGGAUCGGUAUAAUAUUAACAUCAUUCUUCACUAUCCUCUGCCCAUUUUGUGCCUACACUUCCAAGGGAAUAUUCAUAGCUGUUCGAGUCAUUAUGGGCAUCUCUCAGGGCAUGACCUACUCAGCCAUGGGUACUAUGUUGGUAGCAUGGGUCUCACCGAAGGAAAGAGGCACAUUUCUCUCUAUCGUCCUGUCAGGGAUGCAGCUCGGCAUCUUGGCAUCCUUGGCUUUAGGUGGGCUCCUGAUCGAGUCUGGGUUUCUGGGUGGGUGGCCGUCUACGUUCUAUGUGUUCGGUGCUAUUGGACUGGUGUGGAGUAUUCCCUGGUUCAUACUAGUGAGGGAUCGUCCCGAAGAGCAUCCCAAUAUAUCUAGGAGCGAGUUACGGUAUAUUAAGACACACACAAGUUCUAUCAAGACCACUGGGGUAGUGAAAGUCCCGUGGGUGAAGAUCAUGACCUCACCAGCUGCAUGGGCGACAAACGUGGCUAACAUGGGCAGUAGUUACACCAUGCUAACUAUGGUGGCUGGUAUACCUUCCUACCUCAGUGACGUCGAACACAUGGAUGUGGAAAAUAAUGGAUUGUUGUCAUCCCUGCCGUAUGUGGCUAUGGUAAUUUGCACUUUCUGUUGGGCAGCAUUCACUGAUCGUCUCUUGAAGGCUGAUGUCGUCUCAACUCUUACUGUUAGGAGGCUUUCCACAAUGCUUGGCUCAUAUGUUCCUUCAGCAUCGAUGAUAAGUCUGUGCUUCGUGAGAUGUAACCCGGUCUUAACUAUGGUGGUCCUGUGCAUCAGUAUUGGGUGUAUGGGACCGGCGUUCUGUGGCUUCCAUGCCUCCAGUCAAGACAUCGCCCCUAACCUGACUGGCACGCUCAUGGGUGUGGCUAACACCAUGGGUUCUGUGAUGGCCUUUGUGGGUCCUGCUGUGUUGGGCACCAUUAUUGAAGGCAAUCCUACCAUCAAGUCCUGGAGGAUAGUGUUCAUAAUCACAUCAGUUGUCUCCUUCACUUGUGGGACUUUCUACCUCAUCUUCGUCAAAGCCGAACCACAGCCCUGGAACUAUCCCGAACCUAAAAUUUCUCAAAUGGAAGCAAGGAAUAAUAUAGAGGAGGAUGAACCUGACCAGCGCACACACACCAACAACCAACCGACUCCUGAUCCAACACUGUAGCUCCUGUCCUUAUACACUAACUGGUGCCUUUUGUGAGACUUGGUAACACUGUGCACGAAGGCUUAUCUUGUACAAUAACCUUAUUUUGGCUACUAUUGUGAGGUUUCUUAAGGGAGUUUUAAUACUUUGUGAGGUUACUUAGGGCCAUUCUGGUAGUUUUAAUACAAUGUAAACAAACACAGGUGUCACAUCUCACCAGACACUGUACCAGCUAUAAGUACAGGUGACUGUACGUAGCUAUAUGCACCCUCUCCUCGGUACCACCAUCACUACAACUUACCCACAUCUUUACUCUUUCCUCAUCUCGUUUUCUACAUCAUUGUCCCCUUGUGAUCUUCUCCCCAGAAAUAAUUAGUUCCCCCCCCCCCUGUUACCUGUUACAGCUUCUGGUAUUUGUUAUGGAAAUUAGUGUUAGUCCUUUGUGUACUCUAAUUAGUCCAGUCACAGCCAUCACAGUCUCAUGUUCAAUUGUUGAUAGAUUUAAGCGUAAUUACUAACUUGUUUCGUGAGUGAAGACUUUAAUUGUUGAAGGGCAAGAAUAGUAUAAUAAAGUCAACAACCUCUUAACGAGUGACAACAGCAGCAGUAAGAUCUCUCACAGAGGAAUCCUC